AUGGUUGAUACACAGUUGGACAUUGAAAACUCUCCAGUUGGACCCCUUGUCAAUCAUAUGAUUGUUCUUACCGAAGAACAUCAGAAGUUGGGGUACAAGCUUGGUAAAGAGCUUUCUGAAGAUUUGAUCUUGCAGUUAGUAUAUGAUGCUGAAUGUUUUCACUUGAUUGCUGCAAAUCAUGACAAUGAAACAGACAGACUAUCACUGCUUGCAUUCAAACAGACCAUAACACAUGAUCCCUUUGAAGUCUUGAGAUCAUGGAAUGAAACCGUUCCCUUCUAUAAGUGGCAAGGUGUGAUCUACAGCAGCAGUGGAUACGUUACAUCUUUAAAGCUGCAGCAUCAAAAACUUAAGGGUCCAAUAUCACCCCAUAUAGGAAAUUUGAGUUUUCUGAAUGAGUUGCUUCUCGACAACAAUAGCUUUACUGGUGGAAUACCUCCAGAGCUAAGCCGUUUACAAAAUUUGAAAAUGUUAUGCCUUAGGAACAAUUCACUAGAUGGUGAAAUCCCUUCAAAUCUAUCAGCUUGCUCCAACCUUGUCGAGAUUCGUCUUUCUUGGAACAACCUCAUAGGAAGGAUUCCUCCUGCUGAAUUUGGCUCUUUUUCGAAACUCCAGCUCAUACAAGCUCCAAGAAACAGUCUGACAGGCAGCAUUCAACGUUCUUUUGGGAACUUAUCAUCUUUGCUGUUUCUUGGUUUUUCGUCUAACUAUCUCAGUGGACACUUACCCAAUGAGAUAGGAAACCUGAUGAAGCUAGAAUAUAUUGGCUUCAACGAUAACAGCUUGUCUGGACCACUUCCUAUUUCAUUGUCAAAUUCGUCAAACCUUGAGUAUCUUUUCGUUGAUAGCAACAGCCUUACAGGUCAAGUUCCUAAUUUGGAGAAAUUGUAUAAGCUUAGUCAUUUUAGCAUCUCCAGCAACCUCCUGGGAAGUGGAGGAUAUGAUGACCUAAGCUUCAUCUCGUCCUUAACAAAUGCCACUAAUCUUGAAGAAUUAGAAUGUCAAAUAAACCAAUUGAUUGGUACCAUUCCAUCUGUUAUUGGGAGAUUUGAAAAGCUGCAAGUUUUGGAUUUAUCACAUAACAGAUUCAGGGGGACUAUCCCAUCAGCCCUUGGAAAUCUAAGUCUGUUAACCAAGCUUGACCUUAAUCACAAUAAACUAUAUGGUGGUACCCCUAUUAGUUUGGGUCAGUGCCAAAAUUUGCAGGCAUUAAAUCUCUCUGAAAAUAACCUCAAUAGCUCAAUACCUCAGGAAAUUUUUGGCCUUUCUUCCUUGACAUUGUAUUUGGACUUGUCUCAUAAUCAGUUUAUUGGUUCUCUUCCUGUGGCCAUUGGAAAUCUUAAGAAUCUUGGUGUAUUGACUCUUAAGGGAAACAAGUUGUCUGGUGAAAUUCCUGGCUGUUGA